GAUCCCGGACGGCAGAAAGACGUCCAGUUUCAGGUGAGAGGACACACUGACAGGAACUGAGGCUUCAGAGAAUUAAAGGUUCUGCUGCUGGUUCUGGUCAAGCUGAACCAUGGAUGAAUACUCCUCAGACAUGUGGUGGGGGACGCUCGGCACUGUCCGACCCUUCCCCAACUUCUACCCGGACCGAGACGCGGCGGACAUCCAGGCGGCGCUGGAGAAGAAAGACAUGGCGGCGCUGGUGAGGAUCCUGACCAACCGCAACAACGCCCAGAGACAAGCCGUCGCCCAGAGCUUCCAGGACAAAACCAAGCAGGAUCUGAGCGGCGCUCUGAAGAAGGUUCUGUCCGGAGAGCUGGAGGAGCUGCUGCUGCAGCUGGUGAUGCCACCGGAACAGCUGGAAGCCCAGCGGCUGAAGGCGGCCAUGGCGGGUCUGGGCACCGAUGAGGAAACUCUGCUGGAGAUCUUGUGUUGCCGCUCCAGGAAGACGCUGCAGGAAGUGGCUGCCGUCUACAGGCAGAUGUAUAAGAAGGAUCUGGAGAAGGAGCUGAAAGCAGAAACCAGUGGAGACUUCGCCCGGCUGGUUGUGGCUCUGCUGAAUAAAGCCGUUACUGCAGGCUCUGUCCAGAGAGACGUUCAGGCUCUCGCUGCGUCUCUCAGUGGGAAGAAAGCAGAAGCCGGACCUUGGAUCAACAUCCUGACGUCCAGAGACUCGAAUCACCUGGAUAAAGUGCUGAUGGAGCUGGAGCUGGAGACGGGGCAGACGGUGGAUCAGCUGCUGGAGAAACACUUCUCAGGAGACUUCCGGCUCGGCCUGAGAGUUUUAAUUCAGUGCAUCCAGAACCCCAAGGUCUACCUCGCCCAGAGACUGCUCACCAUGAAGUGCUGACGACAGAAAUCUAAAGAAAACAUCUUGGAUUAUUGUGUAGAUGAAUCGAUCUGAUCCUGUGGGAACUGGGUCGGGUCACGACCCGGUCAGGUACAGUAACAUGACCAGGACUAAUUCUGCUGAUUCAUUUUAACCUCCAGAAAUCAGGCGGAUGGUUUCAGGCCAGCAGCUGGCAGUAAUAUUUUUAGAAACAUGAAUAUUUCAGAGUGACUGCAGCUGCUUCCAAAAUGUUCCAUGAAGAUUCAAUAAUUCUGUAAAUUAAAACCUGACGUGUGAGAGGCGACUUACUGCUGUAAUGAUUGUAAAUCGGACUGAUCUCAGCGGACUGCAGGUAAAAGAUUAACCCUUUAAUUCAUGUUUCUGGAUUCAGUUGUUUAAAAAUUAAUUCGUUUUUAUUUUAGUAAGUACAUCGUCUGACAGCUGCAGGUUUUGAUUUGUCACAUCUUUUAUUAAACUAAAAGGAGGCAAAAGGUGAGCGAAGUUGCUCCCUCACCUUCUUCAAAUCAGAAGAAAUUGAUGUCAGUCAAUCAUGUUGGUGCAGUCAGUCAGGUUGCUGCAGUCAUGUUGCUGCAGUCAGUCAGGUUGCUGCCAUCAUGUUGUUGCAGUCAGUCAGGUUGCUGCAGUCAUGUUGUUGCAGUCAGUCAGGUUGCUGCCAUCAUGUUGCUGCAGUCAGUCAGGUUGUUGCAGUCAGGUUGCUGCAGUCAGGUUGCUGCCAUCAUGUGGCUGCAGUCAGUCAGGUUGCUGCAGUCAUGUUGCUGCAGUCAGUCAGGUUGCUGCCAUCAUGUUGCUGCAGUCAGUCAGGUUGCUGCAGUCAGGUUGCUGCAGUCAUGUUGUUGCAGUCAGUCAGGUUGCUGCCAUCAUGUUGCUGCAGUCAGUCAGGUUGCUGCAGUCAGGUUGCUGCAGUCAGGUUGCUGCCAUCAUGUGGCUGCAGUCAGUCAGGUUGCUGCAGUCAUGUUGCUGCAGUCAGUCAGGUUGCUGCCAUCAUGUUGCUGCAGUCAGUCAGGUUGCUGCAGUCAGGUUGCUGCAGUCAUGUUGUUGCAGUCAGUCAGGUUGCUGCCAUCAUGUGGCUGCAGUCAGUCAGGUUGCUGCAGUCAUGUUGUUGCAGUCAGUCAG